UCAGCUUCUCAAGAGACUAUGAGCGUGAGUUCGAAAAAAUUCCAAGACUUCCUGCAAGAGUGGCCAACACCGGACACAGGUCCCUACUUUGACACUUCUAUCAACUCUAAUAUCACUGGUUUGGUGGGAAACACCGUGCUUUUGAACUGCAAAGUGAAAAAUUUGGGAAACAGAACAGUUUCGUGGGUGCGUCACAGAGACAUCCACCUGCUGACUGUCGGCAGAUAUACCUACACAUCCGACCAACGAUUUGAAGCAGUCCAUGCACCUCACACAGAAGACUGGACACUAAGGAUACGCUAUCCCCAGAAAAAAGACAGCGGGAUCUACGAGUGCCAGAUCAGCACAACGCCGCCCAUUGGACAUUUUGUCUUUCUCACUAUUGUUGAAACCAUCACGGAAAUUCUUGGAAGCCCUGAGAUCUUCAUCGAUAUUGGAUCUACGAUCAACCUGACAUGUAUAAUACAAUACACGCCAGAACCACCUCCUAAUAUCGCAUGGUACCAUAAUUCACAGAUGAUCAACUUUGACUCGCCCAGAGGCGGCAUCAGUCUGGUGACUGAGAAAGGCCCAGUCACAACCAGCAGACUGCUGAUCCAGAACGCUGGUCAGGCCGACUCAGGAGUCUACAAUUGCACACCGUCCAAUGGGAACACAGCUAGUGUCCACGUUCAUAUACUCAACGGAGAACAUCCGGCGGCGAUGCACCAUGGCCGGGGCAGCCUAGCUAGGUUCUCAAGCCUUGUAAUGACAGUUAGCUUAGGAGUAUUGUUAAUACUAUUACCUGCCACGUAGUACCAGUUGUAAACAGUAACC